GCCGAAUGGGGUCUCAGGACACGCCCACUCCGUGCAGGAGGGCACGGUGGCGGAUUUUACGGAGGUCAACAUCUCGGGCGUGUGGACGCGCCACCGAGCGUCGGGCCUCGCUUGGACCGUGGACUCCAUCGGGCCAGGCCGCGCCAAGUGGAGCACCUUUCACAGCAUACACGUGAAGGUGGUCCGCGGGCAUACCCUGGCUGGCACGAGGUAUUUGAAUGUCUUCGUGCGGGGACUUGACAAGGCCAAGUUUGCAAUCGGGGGCCUCCUCGGAGAGGACGACCACACCGCUGCGAGCACGCGCAGCACCGACUGCAAGAAGACCGUGUCCUUGUGAGGCCCGCGCGCGCACCUGCAAUGGACCCGCUGGCGAUUCUGGGGCCCGUUCCCUCGAGCGCUGCGCGUUGCAGUCGGUCUCUGCGCUUGGAUCACGAAGAGUCCGCAUGGAGCGGGCUCCUGCCACUGAGGGCAGGGUUGGGCCUGUGCCGCCCUAUUUCGGCGCGCCUUGACAUUUUGUCCUCUGGGAUUGCGGAUGAAAAAAGCGCUUCAUCCAUAGUUCUUGAUGCGAUCGAGGGAGGUGCUUGUAGAACAGCGCGACUUUGGUCAGAGCACACUUUGAGGUCAGGGUCUUCGCUUCAGCGUGAGCAGGUGAGUUCGGGUUGCCGCGUUGGUUCUGGCAAGUCACCUAACCAGG